UUGUUUGUAAGAAGAAGUGAAGCAGAAAAUUUGAAAUUUUUGAAUGUGAAAGUAUCUUUAAAGCAAAAAAAUUAUAUUAAACCCUUCGUCAGUUAAUAUCGAAGUGAAUUGUGAAUUAUGUAUAAAGUGAUUUUUCUGGGUUACCUGUUGUGUGUCGGACUUAUUGUUCUGCAAGCGGAGGAUCCUCUUUGUUUUCAUUUCUCUUGGAUCAAAGAGGUAAGGAAUAAAUCUAUAACCUGCUCAACUACUCCAAUAUAUGAUAUGUAUUGCGAUGGCCCAUUAAUAGUGACAGACAAUGGUAAACCACCAAACACAAAAAAAUUGUGGGAAUCUUAUAAAAAUAAUCCUAAAGAAAUUACAUGUCCCAUGGAGCGUGGUAUGGUUUGUGUUAAGAGCAUAUUGUCUGAAAAUAAGAAAGUUGGAAUAAUAGGAUACGGCUGUAAUCGUAGAGAUAUCCGAGAAGAGAUUUAUGAAAGUACGGAAUGCGUUGAUAUCAGAACAUUUACAGGCUUAGAUGUGAAAGUUUGUUCUUGUCAAUCCGAUGAGGGCGCGAUGCCUUGCAAUUAUGCAUUCUCCAUGCAUGGGACUAGUGAGUGUAAAUGGAAUCCCACAUUAAUAUGUCUGAUCAUAAUCAAAAUACUUUGCCGGAUUUUCUUCAUAAUCUGACAGAUUAGAAGUUAAUGCAAAUGAAGAACUCAAUUUAAAUUUUUGUGCGAGUGUUAAGUAAU